UCCUCCCCACUCAUAAGUCCUAACUCACACGCACAAAGACACCACAGCAGAUGAUCUAAGAGAGAAAGAAAGAAAGAGAGAGAUGAGAAGCGCAUCCCAAGCCACACUAGACCACAUCUUGUUUCAGGAGGAUCAAGAUCAUAUGUCAUCCCUGCAACAGCUUCAGUUUUUAUGCUGCAAUAAUAAUAAUACCACUCUUCCAUUUGAGACUCUAAAAACCCUCAUCACACCCUCUCUUGCCCCACUGCCUUCUCUCCAUGAAUCUUCAUCCCCUCAUCAUAAUAACCUUCAUCAAAGAGACGGCAUAUCUUCCCACUUUGGAGCACCCCAACUCCUUUCCUUGCAGAGAUCCACUCCAUACUUGUGGGAAUGGGAAGAAAUGAAUGAGUGCAUAAAGAGGAGUAAGAAGUUGGGGGUGACAUCAUUAGGAGCAGCAGCCAUGAAGAUGAAGAAGUCAACCAGAAGGAAGGUGAGAGAGCCAAGGUUCAGCUUCAAGACCAUGAGUGAUGUGGAUGUGUUGGAUGAUGGGUAUAAGUGGAGAAAAUAUGGCCAAAAAGUUGUCAAGAACACCCAACAUCCCAGGAGUUAUUAUAGAUGCACGCAAGAUAAUUGUCGGGUUAAGAAACGCGUGGAGAGGUUAGCAGAGGAUCCAAGAAUGGUAAUAACAUCAUACGAAGGUCGACAUGUCCAUUCCCCAUCUCGCGAUGAUGAUGAUGAUCUGCAUUCGUCAUCUCAACACAAUCAUAUAUUUUGUAGUGGAAUGGAAGACUUCCAAGCAAGAGACUACUGCGUACUCGACUACUCAGUCCCACCACAUUGCUACAUUAGAAGCAACUGAGGUGGUCAUUUGGAUGCACGAGUUUCUCAACGAAUUAGAGGUGGUCCUGAAUGAUUGAUGUCUAAUAACUAUUUAUUGUGAUAAUACACUGUUAUUGCACAAACAAAGGAACCAAGAUGCAACAAAAAUAAUGGACAUGUUCCAAAGCACUAUCGUGUGGUUCGAGAGUUGAUAGCGAGAGGAGAAGCAACAAUAGAAUGUGUUCCCACUAAGGACAAUUUCGCUAUUCCAACCUUUGAGCUGUGAAUAAGACGGACUACACAUUUUGAGAAUCUAGGUGUUAGAUUCGAUGGUGAUUGGCACUAGGCCAAGUAGGAGAUUGUUAUAUGUAUGUCUUAGAGACAAUCACUAGUAUGAUAUAUAUGUAUUUGAACAAUAAUAUCCUAAGUAAGUGAGAGUCUGUAUAUCGUACCAUCAGUUGUAUGGUGUGCACUGUACAGCCGGUGGUAUUUUGGUAAUUUUAGUUGAAAAUUGUGGCUUCAUUUAGUUGAAUAUCAAUGUA